AUGGCGUCUCAAGGCCUAUCUUUAUGGCUCACUGGCAAGUCUGAGGCCUUGGACGCUAAUGAUCCUAGAGUAUUUCAAAAUCAGGUGGAGGACACAGGAAAGCCUAAUUCAAGCGAGUCCCCACUUGAAUUACCCAUUGAUCGAAUAGGGGUCAAGGAGACCAUCACGCUUAUCAGUCCUGAGAAGUGUUUAGUCGUCGAGGAGAUUGAUAGCGAGGAAGACGAUGCAGAGUUUGAUGAUCGAGCACACUGGACUAGACGAGGAUCAAGAAAAAAAGCAAGGGCUAUGCGUCGAGCUGCUGGAGCCGAGGAAAAAUCUCAGCCGUCCAUUGCGCUCUUUUGCGUCAAGAAUGCGACUUCUACGAAGGAAGUUUUGGGGGCGGAAUUAAAGAAGGCUGCAUUAAAUGAUGUUGUAAAGCCAGCAAAAGUGGUACAGCUUGACAAAACAAACCACACAAAGUGUGAGAAGAUGGAGAAGCCGAAAAACGAUGGACUCGAGUGGGACUCUGCCGAUACGCCCACCAAAAAUGGAACUGCUACUUUUAUGAGUUCGGGUCGGCCAAAACGUGAAUCUGUUCUACGAGCAGAGAUUUUGCAGCAGCAGCAAAAGCUUUUGGAUGCUGUGGCUGCAAAAAACAAUGCUGUGUCUUUUUUAACUCCCCCACCGUCGACAAAAAAAUCAUCCACACAAAAGGCAACAACUAGUGGACGUAAGAGGAAGCUGGAAUUGAAUAAAAAGAAAGCGUCUCCGACCUUGAAGAAUGGGAGCACGGUGAGCCCACCAAGUACUAGCAACGCGUCGCAAUCAUUCUUUUUGAGUGAGCUGGAAAAGAAACAGCUUCAGGAAAUUGAAACUGUGUCAAUUUUUCGUGAACAACUUCGACAGACGCGUGAGAAGGACCUUGCUUUUUUUGCCGGUAAACCAGCGAAUCCAUUCUUUCAAGCGCGCUCUUGUUGCAUACGCAGUGGUGGUGAAGAAUCUGAUGAUGAAAACGUUAGAGAUAGUGAUGUUAGCAAAAUAGUACAGCAUAUUGGAGCUCGCUGGAGUAAGCCAUUACCGUUGUUUCCCGAUGUACAACACGUAUUAUAUUCAUGCAUGGACGAAAAAGACUUAGAUACAGCUACUCAAAACUGGAUAUCAUUGAUACGGCGCGUGACAUCACCAGAUAAAAGUUCUAAGACGGUAGUAAUCCAUCAAGCCAAUUCGGGAGUAGACAGUAAGCUGUCAAUUGAAAGUAUGGCCCAUCUCAGAGCUGCCAUGAAUGGACAAGUCUGUACCGAAUCUUCAUUUUCCGAACAGUUUUGGUUUAGAGAGUUUUUAAAUUCAUCUACCUUCCCGGGUGUUGAGAUCAUCGAUAUUACCUCUCCAUGUUUAUCAAAUAGUGAAAUGGCUGCAACAGAACUGGCAGCAAGAGAGACUCUGCUCGUGGACGAGUUGGUUGAAGCGCAUGAUAUUCAAGAGAUUCAAAUACGUGAACUUCUGUCAGGUCUAGAGCAAGCAAGGAUAAAGCGUACAAGCCGAAAGCAAAAUUUGUCGUUAGUAGAUCGGUACUUACCAGUGAAUGCUAAUGGCCUUGUUGGCAAUCGUGAGACACUUCACACACUUUCAUCGUGGCUAAGCGCGUGGAAAAUUGGUGGUGGCGAUCGUAAGAGACUUGAUUGCUUCGCAUCGGAGCUAUUUACCUUCGAAGAUGGUGAUAGCGACAGCGAGGAUGAGGUUGGUGAUUUGUGCCGUUUAUUUAUUUUACAAGGCGAGUCAGGAUCGGGUAAAUCUGCCGCUGUUUACGCAUGUGCCGAAGAACUUGGCUAUGAGAUCAUCGAGAUCAACGCGGCUCAGAAUCGUUCUGGAAAAAAUAUCGUCGAACUCUGUGGUGAAGCUACACAAUCGACUCGCGUGCUGCACAUUGGGGGAAAAUAUGAUAAGAGCAAAAAGACGCAAAAGAAGAAACGCAGGAUACAAUCUGAGGGCCGCAAAAGUUUAGACAAGCCUACAGCUGCAUCCUUAUCACUGGUGCUUUUUGAGGAUGUAGAUCUGGUUUUUGAUGAUGAUAAGGGUUUUCUUUGUGCCAUAUGCUCUAUUGCGAAGCACUCGAAGUGUCCGAUUGUCGUAACAUGUGCGCAAUUACCCGAUGCAUUUCCUACAAAACCUGGACGGCUAUGCCGCGAACUCUGCAAACCUACGAUGGACGAGUUUUCAAUUUGGAUGCGUCUUGUGACCUUUAUCGAAGGAAUGCAAGUGGCACCGUCUUUAAUUGACGCUCUCGCCAAGUUUUUUGGGCGAGAUGUCCGGCGAUCACUGCAUUUUCUAGAAGCUAGUCUACCAGUCUCGAAUACAAGCUUAAAAACCCAUUGGCGAUGGCAGCAUGUUACUGACGAUGAAAGCGAUGAUGAUAAAUAUUGUCACGUUGUUGUUCCUGCUUGGACUGUCUGGUCCACAGGUGAUUUAUCUUUUGAUGCUCUUACAAGUAACUUGUUGUCGGAGCUUAGUGCAGCUUAUGGAAAACCAUUAGAGGAUAAAGGCUACGAAGAGAGGCGGGCGGACCUUGAAGCAAUGUCGGAAUUGGCAGAAAUAAUGGAUUCUACUUCCGUUGCGGAUACUUGGAUGUCGCCCGCUGCAAGUUGGAACAGGGGCGAAAUCGAGAAAUCAUAUUUUCAAUUUGAACGUGAACGACUUGCGGCCUUAGAGCUACGACGUUUAAGUCUUUACGUGCUAGGAACCUCGGUGAGCACUUUAAGUUCGUCUUUGACACAUCGUCAAGAACCUUCAGCGUCAGCGUGUAUUCAGCGCACGUUAGACAACACUCUUAAAGCGACACAACGGCACCACCAUCAAGCAGCUUUGGCGCAGCUAAAGCCAAAAUUCGAAUUGCCGCUAGCAUUUAAAGGCUGCGGAAAGUCAGAGCCGCGAUUUACACUUGACUAUAUGCCAAUGGUGGGACGUUUACUGUCUAGCACCGGUUUGCAAGAAGGUCGCCGACGAGCAUCUCGGCGCAAUCACUACUUAAGCGAUGUAUUGAACGAUAUGGCUCUUAUCGACGAGCUACCGGCGUUUAAUACAUACUUAUUGCUCGACGGAGACAGUUUUGUCGCCGUAUCUUCAGCGCACAAUCAGCGACAAAAAGAAGUGUAA